AUGAAUGCUAAUGGCUAUGGAGGGGCCAGAGUCUUGAAGCUGCGUCAGGCCGGGCCACAGCCCGACACUCGGCAGGCCGUCCGCGCGGUUGUGAUGCGCGUGCUGGAGACAUGCGGGGGGAAGAGGGGAGAUCCUAGCUAUCCUUUUGGGCAAGUACACCAAGAGGGGUGGUAUCACGUGACUGUAACACGUGACACCUUUCGGUCUGCGUGGGGCUCAAGUGUGGUCGCAACCAAUCUUCGCGCGUCCGUCGGAUGUGCUCCGAGCAGCGGCCCCCACGCCGAUCGGCUGCGCGCGCCGACAGUCGCGCUUCGACGACCACGACGCACUCGGGACGCCGACCCGACCUUCCCAGGACCUGGCGAUGAGCAACCCCUCAGUGCGCGCACGCGCGGGGACGAGGCGCAUAGAAAGACCGCGCUGUCCCGUCCUUCAUUUGCUCUCCAACUUCCCUGUAUCACCGCACCCGCUUGA